GCAUGCCAACAAAGGGCAAUGGAUAUUUCGCACAGGAUGUGGACCUGAAUGCGAGUAGGAUGGAGAUGAUCCGACCCUUCCUCAGCAAAGUGAAGGGGAUGGAUACCAACAUGACGAUUCUGAGCGUCGGAAGCCAGACCUGGAUUGAGACGGGUGGAAAUCACGCGCUGUGCCGCCAGCUGCCCAUGUUCGGACCCCAAGGGUUCCACGACAUGUUUGGCUGGGCAGCAAUCCCCUCCGUCUCGGAGUAUGCCGGGCAACAUUCCGUUGCUGGCCGCAGUUGCACGCUGUGGCGUUUUACACGUGGGGGCGGGAGUGUCAACCAGAGCUUGUGCGCCGAUGGAAACAUACCUGUGGAGCUGAACAUCUCCACUAGAAACACCUCCAGCGCAGCUGCCAUAAAGGAGAUGCAUGCCACCUACCAGUUUGGUCCCCUUAGCAUGCAAGUUGACCCCAGCCUUUUGGAGAAGCCCGCAAUUUGUGAUCAUGUGGCCCCACCUUGCGGGAAUGGAGUCGGCGCUGAGCCAGUCACUUUGGAUGCAUACGUGUUUCAUCCUGGACUAUCAGCCAUCGACUAUAGCAUUGAGGAUCAGAAUGUGGCUGACUUGCUGGGCGAUGCACUCUUCAUAUGCUUCGACUUGCUGCAGCACCAGAAGACCUUUGCUGAUCAUAACUAUUCACUCAUCUCCAGGUACUCUCUCCACGUGUCGCCGGCAUUUGGCCAGUAUGGUGCCUGCAACGGCUAUCCGGACACCGAGCCGAAGGGCCCAAUCUGUGUCGGCGGCGAUUUGCGAUUGGCCGGCAAGGAGGCGCCCUUCUUUGCAGGCGACGGCGAGAGCAGGUGCACUGGCACGAGCCCAUUGGGUUUCUGGUACAGCUUGCCCAAGGGAGGCCACUGUGCUCCUGGAGAGGUGCCUUCGAAGACAGCCGGGGAAUCUGGCUGCACCUGGUCGAUCAUCAAGCGAGAGAAGACCAUCAACCAGACCUGCUUAGUACAUGAUCACCAGUUCCUUGCGAAAUGCAAAACAGACUUUGCUGAACAGAAAUUUGAAAAAAGUGCAGCGGCUCUGCUGGCAGCGUUUGAGUCUGAAGAUUUCGCGCAUGGAGGGUGCCCCGACAUCGGCGGGCCUCACAGCUCCGGCGGCGCGAUGUCUGUCAUAGUGUGA